AUGAUUUCCCAAAAAAGAACAUUUUCAAUACUAUCUAUUCUAUUGAAAUCCAAAUCUAUUGCUUCUGGUGAUUUAAAACCGGUAUUCAAACCUCGUCAUCUGAACUCGAAUAAAGGACAACCACAACAUUUCGAAAAGAAUUUACCCCAAACCACAGUUGAAUUGAAACCUUGGGAAAAGCAAAAUAUUUCGAAAGAUGCUUUUUUUAAAAGGAAAUACGGUAAUAUAUCACCAGAAGAUAGGAAAGCUUUAAACGCAAAAGUUGAACGACAAAGAAGAUUUAGAGCUAUGAAGAUUGCUCAUGAGAAAUCACUUCAAGAAAAAGCUAAUGAAGAAAGAGAAAGGGCAAGAGCAUUAGCUCGUGAAGCCAAAGGUUUCAAAACUAGUAAUUCUAAUUAUGAUACUGUGGUUGACAGAAAUGACACGAUUUUUGAUUAUGUGUUUGGUACACAUCCAGUUAAAGCAGUGUUAGCAGCCGGUAAACGUCGUAUGCUUGAUUUGUAUACUUUCAAUAAUGAUGAUCCUGAUAUUGUUGAACUUGCGGUGGAAAAAUAUGGUAUUACUCCCAAAAGAUUAAAGGAUAAAAAUGCAUUGAAUAUACUUUGUAAAAAUGGUGUUCAUAAUGGAGUUGUGUUAAAGACAAACAAAUUGGAAAUUCCUUAUAUUAAAGAAGUUGGCCAUGCAGAAAAUGGUGAAUAUAAAUUGGCGAUUGAAAGCUUAGAAGAUGAUUCGGUUAAUAUUGAAACAAAGACUGUGAUUAGAGAUGGCAAUGAAGAGGUCGAAGAAUUAUAUCCAUUAUCAUUAUAUUUGGAUGAGAUUACUGAUCCACAAAAUAUGGGGUCCAUUUUAAGAUCAGCUUAUUUUUUUGGUGUUGAUUUUAUAGUUGUCCCCAAUCAUAGUACUGCCAAAUUGGGUCCUGUAGCAAACAAAGCUUCUGCAGGUGCAUUAGAUCUUAUUGAUAUAUAUCAAACUGGUUCAAGUUUGAAAUUUAUUGAUUCUGUUCGUCAAAGUGGUUGGCAUGUUAUUAGUACUAGUGGUAGACCAACUGGUGCAAAGCCUAGAGAAGAAGUCAAUGAUGAUUUGGAAAUUCCUGAACCACAUUUGAAGAAUAAAUUCAUUGAAUUACAAGAUUUACGUACUAUAUUGAGGAAAACUCCAGUUAUGUUGAUCAUUGGAAGCGAAGGAUCAGGUGUAAGAACAAAUAUGAAAAUGAGAUCUGAUUAUCUUGUUGGUAUUCCUAAACUUAGGCGUAAUGAUAAUAUUGUGGAUUCACUUAAUGCUGGUGUAGCAACUGGAGUCAUUUUGCAAAAUUGUCUAGAUUAG